GCGGUGGGGCGGGAAGAGGCCCGUUAGACGUGGGACUCCGGGGCGGUGGCGGCCCAGGAUGAGGGGCGUCUGCUCCGAGGCUGGGAUGGACCAGAAGUGGGACUUGUACAAUGUUGUCCUGUAAAAAGAGAAGAGCUACAGUGACAGAGUCUGUGCACCAGCAGGAUGACCAGGAAGGAGAUGAGUUAGACUUAGAGUCAGCUGUGAAGCCGGAAUCAGUGCAGCUUAAAGACUUUGGGCCAGAGUCACUGUCCUGGGGCCAGCAUCAUGAGAGUGCAGUGUGCCCUGAGGUGGACUCCACUCGUGACAUAGAGAAUCAGCUCAGCGUGGAGGAUCCGUCUCUACACCCUAAGAUGCUCACCCAGCAUGGAAACUUACCGGUUUUGCAGGCUGUUGAUGUAGCCAUCUCUCAGGAAAUCACCCUUCCUUCCUUGGAGUCUUCUCAUUCCCUGACUAUACACAUCGAUAAAGAGAGACUCGAGGCCACGGCCUCAAGGAAAGGGAAGAAAAUUGUCUUCCCACCUGGGCUGGUUACCAGAAAAGACCAAGGGCAUCAUGCUGUCAUAGUGGAAGCUCCUUCAGGAGAGCCGGAUGGAGAAGUCAGGGCAGAAGGAGGUACCAAGAGGAAACGAGAUGGAAAGGGUCAAGAACGAGGGACGAUGGCGGAUGACCUAAAACUGGAUGACGUGCUGGAUCGUACCUUAGAGGCUGGUGCUAAGCAGCACAAUCUGACAACAGUCAAUGUACGGAACAUUCUGCACCAGCCUCCACAGUUUGUGGAUAUUCACCUAGAAGAAGAUGACUCCUCAGAUGAGGAAUACCAGCCAGAUGAGGAAGAGGAAGACGAGACUGCUGAAGAGAGCUUACUGGAAAGUGAUGUUGAAAGCACUGCUUCGUCUCCACGUGGAGGGAAGAGAUCCAGACUGCGAGCGUCUUCUGAAGUGGCUGAGACAGAUGAGGAGAUGGGCGUGUUGUCAGAGGCUGAGAAAGUCACCACACCUGCUGUUAGGCACAUCAGUGCUGAAGUAGUGCCCAUGGGGCCCCCACCUCCUCCAAAGCCAAAGCAGACCAGGGAUAGCGCUUUCAUGGAGAAGUUAAAUGCGGUAGAUGAGGAGCUGGCCUCUAGUCCUGUCUGCAUGGAUUCUUUCCAGCCCAUGGAGGAUAGUCUCAUUGCAUUCAGAACUCGGUCUAAGAUGCCCCUGAAAGAUGUUCCUCUGGGCCAACUGGAAGCUGAACUUCAGGCUCCAGAUAUCACCCCGGAUAUGUAUGACCCAAAUACAGCUGAUGAUGAGGACUGGAAGGUGUGGCUGGGGGGCCUCUUAAAUGAUGAUGUGGAGAACGAGGAUGAAGCAGAUGAUGAUGAUGAUCCCGAAUGUAACUUCCUGGAAGAUCUUAAUGAACCAGACACAGAGGAUUUCCGUACUGACCGCCCAGUGAGAAUCACUAAGAAAGAAGUGAACGGGCUGAUGGAGGAGCUGUUUGAAACUUUCCAAGAUGAAAUGGAAUUCUCCAAUAUGGAAGAAGAUGGACCAGAUAUAUCAGAGUCUCGACGUAACUUCAACACUCCUCAAACCCUGCGGUUUGAGGAACCAUUGGCCAACUUGCUGAAUGAAGGACAUCGGACAGUAAAAGAGCAGCUUGAACAGCUGAAGAUGAAAAAAUCUGCAUGCAAACCCCAGCCUGAAGAGGAGAGGCUUAAAAGUCAGAAGGAGACAGUCCACCAGACUCUGAUUCUAGACCCAGCACAGAGGAGCAGGCUUCAGCAGCAGAUGCAGCAGCACGUUCAGCUCUUGACACAAAUCUACCUUCUCACCACCUCCAACCCCAACCUCAGCUCUGAGGCCAGCACCACCAGAGUAUUUCUGAAAGAGCUGGGAACCUUUGCAGAGAACUCCAUCGCCCUUCACCAACAGUUCAACCCCAAGUUUCAGACCUUGUUCCAACCCUGUAACUGGAUGGGAGCUAUGCAGCUCAUGGAAGACUUCACACAUGUCAGUGUUGACUGCAGUCCUCAGAAAACCGCCAAGAAGACUGCUAGUGAAUUUCCCUGUUUGCCAAAGCAAGUGGCUUGGAUCUUGGCCACAAACAAGGUCUUCAUGUAUCCAGAACUCCUUCCAAUAUGUUCACUGAAGGCAAAUAAUCCUCGGGAUAAGGUCGUCUUUACCAAGGCUGAGGACAAUCUGUUAGCUUUAGGACUGAAGCACUUCGAAGGCACUGAGUUUCCUAAACCUCUAAUCAGCAAGUACCUUGUAACUUGUAAGACCGCUCACCAGCUGACGGUGAGAAUCAAGAACCUCAACCAGAACAGAGCUCCUAACAACGUGAUUAAAUUUUAUAAGAAGACCAAACAGCUGCCAGUUCUGGUGAGGUGCUGUGAAGAGAUCCAGCCACAUCAGUGGAAACCGCCCAUAGAGAAGGAGGAACACCGGCUCCCCUUCUGGUUGAAGGCCAGUCUACAGUCCAUUCGGGAUGAACUUCGGAACAUAGCUGAAGGUGCUGCAGAAGGAGGAAAUGUGACCCCAGCCACAGAGACCAGUACAGAACAGCACUUGGAGAAAGCCAGCUCCGAAUUAGGGAGUGAAACUCAAUACCCAUUGCUGAUCCCCAAGGGUGUCAUACUCAAAUUGAAGCCAGGUCCCAAGCCUCUUCCCAAAAGGGUUUGGCAACACAAGCGACCAUUAGUUCAGAAGCCUCUCCUUAUCCAACCCAGCCCUUGUGUUCAGCCUGCAUUCAACCUAGGGAAAAUAGCAACCUGGCCAACUCAAUCAGAUGUCCCUCAAGGCCACAUAGUAGUUCAGAUUCCUCAUCUUAUCCAGCCAACCACUGUUCUACAGACACUUCCAGGUUUCCCUCCAAUGGGGGUCAGCAGAGAAGAUUGUAUUGAGUCUCCUGCAGCACUGCCAGCUAUGCCUUCUGGUCCUGAAGCCAGGACCAGCUUACCCCUGUCUGAGUCUCAGCCACUGCUCCCUUCCUCGUCUGCACCCAAGAUCAUGUUACCCUCACUGGCUCCUUCAAAAUUUAGGAAGCCGUUCUCGAGACGGAAGCCCACGAGGAGAAAAGGAGCCAAAGUUUCUCCCUGUGUGAAACCUGCCCCCAUCAUCCACCCCACACCUGUCAUCUUCACUGUCCCUGCCACCACAGUGAAGGUUGUAAGCCUCGCCAGUGGGUGUAAUGUGAUCCAGCCUGUAAAUGCAGCCGUGGCCCCAAAUCCCCAGACCAUUCCUAUCACCACGCUCCUCGUCAAUCCUACACCCUUCCCCUGUCAGUUAAACCAACCCCUCGUGGCCUCCUCCAUUCCACCCUUAAUUGUUUCUGGCAAUCCUCUGACACUUCCUGUUCCCUCUAUUCCUGAAGAUAAUGCCCUUGUGAACUUGGAUGUCACUGAAGGGAAAGAUGGUCUUGAAAACCCUGAUUCCACAUUAAAACCCCAGGGACUAACUCCUCUCUGUGCUACUGCCUUCUCCAAAGAGGAGCCUAUGCCAUGGAAUUCUCUAUCAGGUAUGGAAAGUCAAGAGGCAUCUUCCGAAUCGAGUGCCUGUGGCUGUACAGUUGUGAAAACAGAAACCCAGGAGGCAUCUUCAGAAUCAAGUGCCUUUAAGUGGACAGUUGUGAAAACAGAAAGCCCCGAGACAUCUUCAGAAUCGAGGGCCUGUAACUGGACAGUUGUGAAAACAGAAAGCCUGGAGACAUCUUCAGAACCGAGAGCCUGUAACUGGACAGUUGUGAAAAUAGAAAGCCAGGAGACAUCUUCACAAUCCAGUGCAUGUGACUGGACAGUUGUGAAAACAGAAAGUCUGGAAGGCUUUUCUGAAUCACGGGCCUGUGGCUGUACAGUUGUGAAAACAGAAACCCAGGAGACAUCUUCAGAAUCGAGUACCUGUGCCUGGACAGUUGUGAAAACAGAGCAGGAUGGGCUAGCUUUAGGGGCAUUUCCUCAGCGUCUCCAGGAAUCUCUGAACUCCACAUCGAAAGAUUUAGAAGAAAUGGUCAAGAUGGAAGCUGAGGAUUGUGUGGGAGAAAUCCGCAGCAGGUUCCCUGAGCAGGGCUUUGGUGAGAAGGUGAAGGAAGAAUACUCUAUGGAAUUACACAGUGGCUCCCAUCAGGGGAAGCUGAGUUGUUCUAGAGAGAUGGGAAAGGCAGCAGUCGUGCAGAGAGAGGAGGCUCAAGCAGCUGCAUCCCUUUCUGUGUCCCAAGCCUCGGCUGAGGAGGGGGGUACAAGAGGAGGUGCACGCAAAGGCUUGUCUGAACGCACUGCACCCUGCAUGGAGCAGGAGCCGCUGCUUAGCAGCCCUCCAGGGAAGUGCGUGGGGACCCCGGCAGGACCAGACCCUGGAGGAGAGAGAGACGGACCUGAGGAUGAAGAGGAGGAGGAGUUUGAUGACCUCACCCAAGAUGAAGAAGAUGAACUGUCGUCAGCUUCUGAGGAGUCCGUGCUUUCUGUCCCAGAGCUGCAGGAAACAAUGGAGAAACUGACCUGGCUGGCUUCUGAAAGGAGCAUGAGUCAGGAGGGUGAGUCUGAGGAAGAGAACUCCCAGGAGGAGAACUCUGAGCCAGAAGAGGAAGAGGAGGAGGCGGCGGAAGGGAUGGAAGCCUUGCGGAAAGAGGAAGAAGUGACUGGUGACGCAGUUGGAGAUGCUGCUGAGAAGCCCCCUUCUGCCUUGGCCUCACCCAAGACUGCUCCAGAAGUAGAGACCAGCAUCACCCCACCAGAAAACCAUCCCAUGACCAUGGAUGUUGCUGAGAAGAAUGGGAAGAAAAGAAGAUAUUGUGAGGAUUUUUUACAGUAUGCUUUUGCCUCAAAUAAUUACAGCAGGAAUUGAGAAACUACAAUGUGUUGUUUGUUGUGAAGUUCUAUCAGCCAAAUCUGUGACGUCGAGCAAUCUAAAGUGCCAUUUUGAUAGCAAGCAUCUGAGCUUUGCUGCCAAGGAGACCUACUAUUUUAGAAGCAAGGUUAAUGGAUUCAAGAAGGCAGAACUUGACACUUGUGGCUCGUGCCACAAACAGAAUGCAGCAGCCACGGGCGCUCCAUAUUUGGUCACACCCAGAAUUGCCAGAGUCAUGAAACCUCACACCAUUGCUUGGAUUUACUGUUGCCAGCGGCCAAAGUACUUUUUAAAUUAUGAUUGGAGAAAAAUUCAUUACCCAAUUGAGGGAAAUUUCCUUAUCUAAUGGCACUAUCCCCAAACAAAUAGAUGACAUGUCUGCUGACAUUCUUGGUCAGGUAACUAGCAAAUGAAAUCUGAUCCAUUUCUAAUAUUUAGUACCGAGCUUUAGUAAUCUACAUAUGUUGUAACUGUUCAGUUACUGGUUUAUAUGAGAAAUAUUAAUGAUGGUGACUCAUAAAGAUGAGUUUCUUGGGGCUGGCGAGGUGGCUCAGAGGUUAAGAGCACUGACUGCUCUUCCAGAGGUCCUGAGUUCAAUUCCCAGCAACCGCAUGGUAAAAUUCAAUCUGGUGCCCUCUUCUGGCAGACCACUGUAUAUGUAGUAAAUAAAUAAAUCUUUUUUAAAAAAAAAAAGAUAAGUUUCUUUUCUUCACGCCUCUUGAAAUAACUACUGUGAUUGAUGUAUUUGACAUAGUUGGUUCAUUUCUAAGGGAACAUAAGAUCUCUUGGGGAAAAGUUUGUGGUGUUUGUACAGAUAGUGCUCCAGCUAUCCUAUGAUAGUCAUCUGGAUUUCAACUUUUGGUACUGAAUCAGAAGUCACCAUAUGAUUCAAC